AUGGAGCAGGCCACUGCCAACAACAGCAAGCAACAGAUAGGUCGCGCCUGCAACCUCUGCCGGCUCUCACACACCGCGUGCGAAAGCACACGACCAUGUCGACGAUGCAUCGCCAUCGGCAAGGCGCACCUCUGUGCCGACGUCGAGAUGCGAAAGCGCGGGCGGCCGCGCAAGUCAAACUCGAACAACAACAACAACGAAAAGAGCAGCGGCAGACACAGAACGAAGAGCACGUCGUCGGCACGAGCACCAUUGAUGCCUCAUGAGGCCGAGGACGCUUCGUCCAACGACGCCGAUGUCGGCACGACGCGCAAGACUACGCGACCGGCCACGAACGAAUGGCAAUCAGCCGCCACAAUGCCGUCCGCCAAGCGACCUCGAAUCGAACCCGCAGAGGGGUUCAAGAUACGCAUGCCGUCGCUCGCCUUCGACCCGUUCGACCCCUUCCAGGUGUCCGCCGCCACGACCGCCGCUGCUGCUGCCGCCGCGUCGUCGUCAAUGGUGUCGGUGUCGCGGACCGCGGCGUCCAACCUCCAACACCACUCCCACUCGGAGCGGAUCAGCAACAUCUCCUCCUCCUUCUUCGGGCUCGCCGAGUCUUCGCUCGCCACCUCUGUGCCGCACGAGACCUUCUCCUCCUCUUCCUCCUCCUUCUCCUAUUCGCUUCACGGCGCCUCCUCCUCCUCCUCGUCCUCCUUGUCUGCGACAUCAGCGGCGGCCAUGUCCCUCGACAUGUCCUCCUCCUCUUCAUCGUCGCCACCGUCGUCGCCCUAUUCCUCUUCCUCGUCGUCGCCGCUCUCCUCCUUCGAUUCGAAUCAAUCGCUGCUGGGCUCCCUGUCGUCCACGCUACUCCGCCCCGGCGGCGGCGGCGCCAACACGAACACAGCUGAGCGAAAGCGCGAGGACCUGCGCGAGGUGAAGCAGCACAACCGCGAGAUGCGGAAGCAGCUCAACAAGGUGGUGAAGCGGCAGGACAAGACCGAGCAGCAGCUGCUCCAAGUCGUCUCCUCCUCCUCCCCUUCGCCCUCCAGCCUCUCCUCCUCUUCCUCCACGGCGGCGUCUUCCGGGUCGUCGUCGGCGUCCACCGCAGCGGAGCCCACCUUGACGGCAGCGGCGUUGGCCGAGAUUCUCAACCGCAUGCCCUUCCUCCUGGACUACUCGGUCUCGCCCUCUACGUUUGUCAUCAACGACGCACGGAAACCGUUCUACGCCCUGCGAGUCAUAUCGCAGUACAUUGGCGAGGACUCAUCGCCGCCGAUCUUCAUUUUUGUAAAUAACUCGUUUGCUGAGCUGUCGGGAUACGCCUUGAACGAGUUGCUGGGGAGGAAUGUGAACAAGGUCACGUGUGUGGACGAGCAAGCGAAGAAGGAGAUGCUCUCCAAACUCUUCCAGAGCGCCCCGCAAACGAUCAGCGAGCCGUUUGCGCUCCAGGUCAUGAUGCGACGCAAAGAUGGUCGGGUGUUCCAAUGUACCUGCCGACAUCAGGCCUUCUACAACGAACUCGGCUAUAUUCGGUGGUGCGUGACCGUGGUGGACUCCUACACUGAGCUGAACAUCCGAGGCGAGGACUUGUCGCUCGACUGGACGCCUCCCGUCGCGUGGGCUCACGCGCCUUCCACCGCGAACAGGCCGCAGACCAACACGUCGUCUGGACACUUCACGUCGUCGCCAGCCAGCUCCUCCCCCUCCGCCUCCGCCUCCUCGUCUUGCGCCACGCCAGGGACGGGCAGCGACAACUCCAACUUCGUGUCGCCACCGCCACCGCCGCCUCAGUCGCUACCCGCGCCGCCCAGUGCGAAUAACUACCCCUCCUUCGCCCACCACCAGCAGCAUCAGCAUCAGCAUCAGCAACAGCAACAGCAACAGCAGCAGCAGCAUCAGCAACAGCAGCAGCAGCAGGUCCCGUCGUUCGAGUCUCGCCAAUCGCAGAACCAGCAGCAGCACCACAACUCGAUGCCUCCCUACCCGCACUCUUCGUCGUCGUCAUCGGCGGCGUCGGCGCCUUCGCCCCUGUUCUCCGGCGCUGUCGACGAUCGGAUCGAUCUGCAGGAGCUCCUCCUUCAACUCAUCCCGCCCUCGCCCUCUCUUCCCUCCUACAGCGUGCCGACCACUCCUUCUGGCGGCACGGUGUCGUUAACGUCUUCUUCCUCAUCGUUGGCCAUUUUGACGUCGACGACGUCCAACGCCAACCCGCCGCCACUGCACCACCAACAACCACCGGGGAGCGGCGGCAACGAGUACUCGUGGCUGAAGGAACUCCAGCAGACGCCGCCCGCGCCCUCGCAUUCCCAGCAACAGCACACCGGCAACGGCUGGUUCGACACCGACGCCUAA